CGAUGCCCCCGUCGGCACGCGAGUGCUGCUGGACGGCGAGGACGUGACCGACCGGCUCCGCGACCCCGAGGUGGAAGGCGCAGUUUCCCGCGUGGCGGCCGUCGCGGGCGUGCGGCACGUGCUCGUGUCCAAGCAGCAGGCCGUGGCGCGGACGGCCCCAUCGUCAUGGUGGGGCGCGACAUCGGCACGGUGGUGCUUCUCAACGCCGACGUUAAGGUGUUCCUGCAGGCCAGCGUGGAGGAGCGGGCCAAGCGUCGACACGCAGAGCGGGUCGGGACGGACAAGGAGACCUCGCUGGAAGCGGUGGAGGCGGCGCUGAAGGACCGCGACUACAUCGACUCCCACCGCGCCGCGUCGCCGUUGCGACCUGCGGAGGACGCCGUGGCCAUCGAUACCGACACGCUGGCAUCGAUCAGGUCGUCGAGAGGGUCCUUGAGUUGGUGUCGGAGCGGAGCGAGCAUGCCUAACAAAGCGUACGGCAUUUCCAACGUGAUGAUGCGGGGGGCGCUCCGGCUUUCGCCAAUUGGACCGUCACCGGGCGGGAAAACGUGCCAAUGA